UUACCGCUUGCCGGACAUUUACACCGACCCCUGAAGUUAUCGUAACGUCCGGUUACGGAAAAGAACGAGUGUGAUCCGAUUGUUCUGUUCAUUAUUAUUACCAACAACUUGAACAAGGAACUGAAAUAACAAGAUGUCGGAUGACAAAAAAGAUUUCAGAAACGAACCACCCCCGCAGUAUCAGCCAAACCAGGGGAAUGGGUACCCUCCACAGUAUCAGCCACCACAACAGUAUGCCCCACAAUACACUGACCAUCCGGGCUUUCCUGCUGGGGGAUACUCCGCAAACACAGUCGUUCUUGCACCAGGACCAAUGACAAUGAACGACCCCCCACCGCCAGACUACAUGAACAGAGCCAUCUUUGUGACCAUUUGCUGUUUCUGGCCCACUGGGAUAUUUGCUAUCAUGAAAGCCAGUGAGUCACGCAGUGCCUAUGCUAGAGGAGAUAUCCAGUCUGCUCGAUCUAAUGCAUCCUCGGCUCGUCAGUUGACCAACAUUUCCAUCAUGGCGGGAGUGGCCUCCGUCCUGGUGUCCAUCAUUAUUGUGGGCGUUUACCUGGGACUGAUCCUCAGGAGUUAUUCUUAGACUGGCUCCCAUUCCCUUUAGCUACAGCAACUUAUGGAUAGGAAUUAAAAGAAAACUCGGGAUGUUCUAGGACUGUUGAUAGUAAAAAUUAUUAUUUAACAUUGUACCAUUUCCAAAAAAUAUUAUACACUGUUCAGUGUAAACGGAAAUAUAAAUCUGUAUUGGGUAUUAUUAUCUAGUUCAUUUACAAAUAUCGCCAUAUACUUUGUUUUGCUGUUUUAGAAUUAUAAAUUGUAAGAUAUCAAAGUUUUAUAUGAUCUGGGCAAUAUCUUGUAUGAGUUAAUUAUAGAUGUUGAGUUUUGUUAUGAGUACAUGGUUGUUAUUCUUAUAUAUUGUACAUUAUGAUAAAAAAUUUCCAGAACAAAGUGUUUUCUUUUUAGCCAGGUUACCAUGGUGACAAUUUUAUUAUUUUUGUUAGUGUAUUGGACAGUCACCCUUGUUUAUUUGUGCUUCUAACAUAUCAUUGUUAUUUUAAUAUAUAUAUAUAUAUAAUCUCAUGUUUGAUCUUUUAUUAUUGGACUUAAAAUUCAGGAAAUUGUGAAUUCAGUUUUUGCACAGCUGAGAGGAUCGGCAUUAAAAUGUAAAUUUAUGUACAUGUGAAACAGAGAGACACUGGAAACUCUAAUUCAUGAUUGCACAAACUGUUUCUUCUGAUCUCUAAAUGUGCUAAAUAUGCCUAUUGUUUAUAAGUGUCCAUACAGUAAUAUUGAUUUGAUUUUUUAAAAUCUUAGCAUAUGAUUGAAAAGACUUGUAAAUUAAUUUAAAAUCGAAAUGUAAAACUCGACAAAAAACAUAUAAAUAUCAAAGAUUUUAAAUCUUAAUAGUUAUGGCACAUGUUAUUUAGAUUGUUAUAUCAGAAUCUCAUCAUUAGCUGCAUGACACUUCUUUUGAAGUCUUUAUAAAGUAAAUUUGAAAUUUGACGAUACAAGAUAAUGUCUGCAUGAAUCUUUAAUACUGAGUACAGAUUGGCAAGUUUUUGGUAGGGUGGAAAAUUGGGGUGGGUGAUGAAAUAACUUGUUUUACCAAUUUUCUAAGUAAAUUAAUACACAUGAAGUACACAGGUAAUUUACACUACAUUUAUUAUCAUUAUUGCAGUAAUAAAAUAAUAUUCAGUUUGUUAAAAAAAAAUGUGGACACAAUCUAUUUUGCCAUCAGGCUUGCAUUUGACUAAAUAGUUUUCCUUCCUGUUGACAGUGACUGUAAAUUAACGGUAUCAUCAUUGUGAACUGUUAGGCUUUAUGUUUUUAAGACUCUAUGUUAUAUACAUGUGUUUGUUGUAUGUUCAUCUAAAAUUUAAAAAAGAAUGUUAAACAUUUUGCAGUUUAUCAUAUUAAAGUUUAUCAUUCCAA